CUGAUGAUUGGCAAAAUGAAGGCUAACUUCACUGUUGCAGCUUUAUUUCAAAAUGGCCCCAGCAUGGCAACAAAACUACCCUUUCGAGAAGAAUGUGAGAAUUGGACUGCUUCCCAGGUUGCAGAUCUGCUGAGACAGUGUAGGUUGCAUGACUGUGCCAGGACAGCAGUAAAAUUGCAGAUAGAUGGUGCUCGUUUUUUGAAUUUAUCAGAAUAUGAGAAAAACCGAUUCAGUAUAAUGGACCAGCCGCAACUUCAAAAGAUAGUACAUGAUAUCAAAAAUGACAGUGGAAUAAUGAGCAAGUUCAAGAAGUUCCAAAAUGAACAAGUGGCCUUAAUAUGCAAAACUGGAAAAAAUACAUGGGACCGGUUGACAAGCAAAGCACCACCCAGUGUACCACCAGUAGAUUACGAUGAAGAGGAACAGUGGUCAGAUGAUUUUGGUUGCUGGGAGGAAAAAAUGGAGACAAGAAAACACAUAUGCACUGCUUUGAGCUCAUUGGAGGAAACACAGGAUAGUGAUUAUGAGAAUCCUGAUAACCCCUCCGAUUCCGAGACGUACGUGGUCCCCUCUGAGGAGAACUGUGAUGACAGCUAUGAGCCCCCUCCAAGUGAGCAUGAAAAUAAACAAAUUUCAGCAUCCUUCUCAUGUUCUGGAGGAGAGUAUGCAGAUAACAAACGAUCUAGUCAACAGAUGUCUUGGCCUCUCACUAAACCACUGCCUUCACUGCCAAGCCAGUCAUCAUCAAAACUGAAGAAACCAGCCACUUUGCCACCACCAUCUGCUGCUCUGAAACCAAAACUUCCACCUAAGCCAAUGGAUGAUGAGGCAGAUUAUGUUGUACCUGUUGAUGAUGAAGAAGAUAAUUAUAUUGAACCCACAGAAGAAAGCACACCACCACCUGUAAAACCCCCAAUGGUGAACAGAUCUAUCAAGCCCACAUCAAAACCCGAUCCUCCCCGUUCAUCCACACUGCCUCCUGUGCCUCUGCCACCAUCUACAUUAGAUGUCUAUGAAAUUCCUGAAGAAGAGGAAAAGUCAUCACCUCCAUUAACCAGAAUUUCAAAGCCACUUCCUCCAAAACCUAUCCAGAGACAAACAGGAGGGCCUGCUCAUGAACGCAAUGGAACUAAGGAAUCCAUCAAACCAGACAGAAAUGUUUUGCCACUUCCAAGGCAAUGUCCUCCACCAAAAGAACCAGAUGGCCUUGCAAUGCAAAACGAUGAAAAUCAUAACAACAAAAGUGCUCCAGAGUUCAAGUUUCCAUCCAUUACAGUCCCGUCUCCAUUGCCAAGGAUUGCGAAAAAAAUUCAAAAUCCAGCAACACUAUCAAAGCCAAGUCUCCCUGAGAGAGACCACCUGAGUAUUAUUGAAGAUAAACCUGUUCCAGCUGAACGCCGAAGAGGUUCCAGCCAUGAGCUUCCUCUCCCACCCAUCCCACCUAGCAUCCAAAAGCCACUGCCCCAGAAGCCACCAGCUUUGCCAAGAUCACCAGAACCUGCAAGUCACACCUUUGAUACACCACGAAAGACAGAACAGGAUGGUAGUGUUAAUGGGAAACCUUGGUAUAUGGCUUCCAGCGAUCGAAAAAUAGCUGAAGAUGCAUUAUACAAAUCAAGCAAGGAUGGAUCUUUCCUAGUAAGGAAGAGUUCCGGACAAGAUUCAAAGCAACCAUAUACACUAGUUGUGUUUUACAAUAAGAGAGUAUAUAACAUCCCAAUCAGAUUUAUUGAAUCAACAAGACAAUAUGCUCUGGGCAGAGAAAAAAGUGGAGAAGAGCGCUUUGAAAGUGUGGCAGAAAUCAUAGAGAAUCAUCAACGGACUUCUCUUGUUCUCAUUGACAGUCAAAACAACACAAAAGACUCUACCAAACUAAAAUAUAUAACCAGGGUUUCAUAAUUACGCAUUGAAGAUUUAUCAUGGAGCACCUUCCCAACUUUAACUUCCAAGAGUUUGAAAACAAGUAUUGCACAAUAAACAACUAAAUCUUUAAACAGGUUUUUCCCAGUACUUUUACAACCAAAGUACAUGAUCUGAUGUAUCACGGAAUUUGUAAGGGACCAAAGAGAUAUUGAAUAGUUAACACAUUUUACAAUGAGGUACUGCAGCACUGACUCAUGAACUCACCAUUCCUGCUAAAUUGUUGUGUACAUGAACUAUACAUUUUAUGAAAGAUAUUCCAGACUAAGGAAAGAAGCCAAAGGACCCAAUGAUAUACAAUAUAUUCAGAAGAUUGUACCUGCCAGAGCUUUGGUCUUGGUAAAAUUCAGUUGCUAGACUUAGGCUGCAUAUGCCAAAUAAGCCAUUAUUUUACCAAGCUAAAAGAAGUUAUUUUCUGGGACAGAACUCUUCCAUUCAGGAUUUUAAUGUUAUGUAAUGUGUUUCUACCAGCUUCAACUGCUUUUGUUGGAAAUAUUACAUUAAAAUAUAUAUCUAAGAAUAUAAAAAGAAUUACACAGAUUGUAUGAAUGUGCACUUAUGAUGCACAAUGCCAUGUUCUAACGCUUUCACGUUUCUCGUACAUUUUGUCUACAUCUCAAAUUUUGUUAAGAACAGAAUUUAUAUUGCACCUCUGCUUUUUAAAUAUGUGUGACAAACACCAGAAUUUUUUAAGAUCAGAACUCAAUAUGUUUGGAUUUUGGAAUUUUAACUGGUAUCCUGUUUGGCAGAUAGACAGAUCUUCAUUAACUAUUUAUUGGAAGUACGUACUUUGUUUUCAUCCACCACCACAGAAAAAGCAGAAGUAUCAAGUAGUGAAAGACACAUCCCAAAGUUAAGCACUGUAAUCUAGAUCCAGUGAAUUGGUCAUAGGUUUUUCUGGUGCUUUUACUGUAACUAGCAGUGGGAGCUCCAUGAAUUCCUUGUCUUCUGUUUUUAGCUGUAGAGUUGAUGUUCAAAGGGGAAGAUAUACAUGGAAAUAACAGUUAGCUGGUUUUAAUCUUCCAAAAGACAACUCUUAUCUUUAAUCUAGCACUCCUUACAUGGUUCUGUUCCCUACACCCCCAUUCUUCCAGGCAGCUGCUCAUUGCUUGUAUUUGAUCAGUCCUUUCUUUUACUUCAAAUAAAGUUUUUCAUUCAGUGGUUUGUUUUACGGUGA